UUGACGGUCAGAAGACCACUAACAGGAGAAAAAGAAGAUCAUUUAACUGCUCUCGAUCACGUGCGACAACAUUCCACCCGUUGUUCCUGCACCAUGGCGUCCCCACGAAGCAAUGAACAACCAGAGGCAGCCAAGAACGUACCUGUGCCGGCGCGAAAUGAACAAGCGAUAAAAGCGAGAAUGUUGCAAGAAAAAGCGUGGCGUGACAAGAUACUGCUGGCCAGUCGACGUAGCAGCCCUCUCGUACAUCGCUAUGUAUCAGACAGCGCGUCGGACGACAUGGAAACAGUAGACUUUUCACCAGAUUCUGAAUCCAAUCGCAAGGACGACGAGGACGAUAACAGCCUUUCAGAUAUUGAGGAGUCGAAUGGCCUUCAAGCCCUGACCAUUGGACUAGUGAGCCUGGCGAUUCUUUUCGGCUUGAUACUCUUCUUUCACACCGGUGGUCCGUAUGGGCGCAGGUCAGCCGUGAUCUACGAAGAAAGGCCUGUGGAACGCAAGACUUCAGGGACACCUCGCAAGCGUGAUGAUAUCCCAGAACCGUACGUCGAGCCAGAGAACGAACGGCGCCGCGCGGUGGUGUACAAGCGACCGACGGGAGACUCUGGAAACCGCGAAGGGCCGUACGUAGAACGCACGGAGUCCUCCACGCGAUCGACUGGAAUGUUGACGACAUCAACAGAAUCGAGCGUGAAGACUACGGCCGGGGCUACAUCUCAGAGUACGGCAACAAAGCUGACUUCAACACCGAGCGAAAGCCAUGCCAGUUCUACAGGUGCAGGUGAAGUCUCAACACCACCUACAGAAGAAGACGUGACAGUUAUAGCGCUGCCUCCGAUACCUCGAAAAUCUCGGCCUUUGGUCUGUGUCACCAGUCAACAGGGGAGGCGAGCCACUUACCCGGACGAUGGGCUCUGCGAUUUCCUCGUAUUUCGAGAUGUGACGCUCGGCGAUGGAGAGUGGGUCUCCGCCACCACCAAAGGAAGAUUACGCCCGUUUUUAGACAGAUCAUCGAGGUCAAACAGGACUGUGUACAUGCUGUCAUUCCCAGCCAAAAUACACCUGGAAGUGAAGUCGUUCUUUCGGACCACCGCCACUUCACUCCAUCUCCUUAGGAGGUACCUGAAACGAAAUAUCCGGGGCUAUGGGUUCGCCUUGAUUCAGAAUGACGCUGAUAAAUUCGCCGCCGAUGCACAUCAUUACAAUGACAUUUUUAAGGACAUUGCGCAAGGAAUGAAAACAGCGACGACAUCCGGUGGAACCUAUUUUAUUGGCGUUCUGCUGAGAAGUAAGCGAAGUGCGAAGGUGGAAAACGCUAUUAGAAGACUAAUGAGAGUCGUCAAUAUAUUUAUCGGCAUCUCGCAUACACCCCUUCCUUCCAAGAGUCCGGACUGCUUGGUGCAGCCAAUCAGCAGCUGGUCGACCGAACACCUGAACGACAAUAGCCUGCAGACCAUGGAUGCUGCCGUUGGCAUGAUUGGACGAGUGAAAACUAAGAACGCAACCGUGUUCGCCUUAUCUUCGUCCAUGGGAGUGUUGAGGUACAAGAUCCAUCCAGGCAGCAACAAGGGUAUUGAGGGCAUCUGGAACGUCCGAUGCACAGACGUCGCCCUGGAACCAUUUCCAAAUGAGUGUAGUACGCGUGCGACCUUUGGCAGCAUUGGUACUGGCGACUACAUCGUGUACGAUUUUAAUAAGGCCAAAAACACGUGGAGGUCUUACGAAACCGUGGACAGCCUCCGCGUAAAGAUCGAAAAGGUUUUCGAAGAACUUCAUCCAACUCAUAAAGAUUCUUUAGGAUGGGCUCUUUACGACGUAGACCUGGAGGAUCAGAAAGGGGCAUGCAAUCUUUUCUUUCCAACCAACUAUCAGGGAAACCUCAACACUCGAAUCAUGUGGGUGAAGGAGUUUCUUCGGGACAAAAGAACUGCCCGUUAAUCAUACUGAACAUAUCGAGAAUAUAUCGCAUUAGCUCAGUUCAGCUGGCUGGAAAUAAAAUUGAAUCAAUGA